UCGUUCAGAAAGGUCGACGAGGAGAGCCGCGUUUUAACCGAUCACGGACUGACUCGCUCGACCGUUUUACUUGCUCUCUAUCAAUUUUGUUUGUCUGUCUAUCUAUCUGUCUAUCCAUUUAUUUGCCUAUCUGUCUAUCUAUUUUUCUCUUCGACAGAGAUUAAAUAGUUCGACGAAACAGUGUGUUGUUAUUGUUAAUUGCUGCACGCAAUAAUAAAAAAAAAAAAGAAGAAAAAAAAUUGAGUGUACACGAUACAUAUAUAUAUAUAUAUACAUAUAUAUAUAUAUAUAUAUAUAUGUGUAUAUUUAUAUACACACAUAUAUACUAUAUAUACUAUAUAAAGUGCUGCAAAUUGGUGUUGUGAGUACGUCGAAAGAAGCAAUAAGGGAUUAACCAUGCAGAUGCACGAGCAGAUCAUCAUGGUCGAUGGCCAAGAGCAGCCUAUCUCGAGGACAUAUCAGUAUAGAAAGGUGAUGAAACCUAUGCUAGAACGAAAACGUAGAGCACGGAUCAAUCGUUGCUUGGACGAGCUGAAGGAUCUUAUGGUGACGGCUUUAGCCGGGGACGGGGAAAACGUAGCAAAAUUGGAGAAAGCAGAUAUCCUCGAAUUGACCGUUCGCCAUCUUCACAAACUUCAACGUCAGCAACGUUUAUCAGCGAAUCCGGUGAUAGAUGCUGAUCGUUUCAGAGCCGGUUAUACGCAUUGCGCGAACGAAGUUAGCCGUUGUCUAGCGGCAACGCCUGGCGUCGAUGUAGCCUUAGGUACCAAAUUGAUGACCCAUCUUGGACACAAAUUAAAUUCAAUGGACAAGACCGGACCAUUGACCAUCCACGUGGCUGCACCACAAUCCUCGCCUUCCUCAUCGAGCGAACUUAGCUCCGACGAAUAUUCAAUGCCUCUUACACCGGCUUCGAGUCAACCAUCUCCAGUAAGAACGGACGUCGAUACCAUCCCCCAACAGAGCCAUCAUCAUCAUCUCGCGGAGGGUCUCUUACGAGUCGCUAAAUCCGACGAAACCAUCUGGAGACCCUGGUAAAAGCGAAGGAAAACUUUUUUUUGCGCGUUGGCCUUGAAAUUUCUCUUAGAAAGACAAAAAACAAAAAAGAAAAAAAAAAGAAAAAAAAAAAAAAGAAAAUACACGAGGAGGAGAAAAGAAGAAGAAGAAGAAAAAGAAGAAGAAGAAGAAGAAGAAGAAGAAGAAGAAGAAGAAAGAAAAAGAAAAAAAAAAAGCCACGCCUAAGUAACUCUCAACGUGAGAACGAGAUAAACGUUUGAGAACGACAAUGAUGCUCUUUCGCGCGGUGCGACGGUUCUGGUGCAAUUUCAUCUGUGAUUUAAUACGGAUGAUCUCGGAAUAAUCGAUAUACGAGGAUGUACAUACAUAAUUGGAGACUCUCAAGAGUUCUAUAUUAUUUUUCUCGUGGGAUAAGAGUAUCGAUCGUUUUGCGUUUCAGUAUGACUCGUUUACUAUAGAGGAAGACGAGGUACAAAAAAAAGAAAAAGAAGAAGGAGAGGAAAAAGAGAAGGAGAAAAGAAGAACAAAUUGAAGUAUUUCUAAGAACGAACGAUAAUACAAAAAAUAAAAUCGUUCUAACCGAUGA